GCCUGUGCAAAGUCUAAAGGGUUUCCAGUCACUGGUGGCUUUCUGUUUACUUUGUGGAACUGUUUGCUCUAUGGGGACAGAAGGUGACAGUAGUGCUCCCUGUGCAGGCUUCCUAUGGAUCUAGGAGCCUCCGCUAGAUCCCCCAUCAUAUAGAGAAAAGCAAGAUGUCCAGGACACGGUCCUGGAGGAUGCCAGCAGAGCUCAUUCUCCUCUGUGCUGCCCUGUGUUGUCUCAGCUUGCCUGGCUACCGAGGAGAAAGGCUGCACUCUCUUGAGUCAAAUGCAGUCAAUGGGAGCUUUGCCAAGAGUAGACAGACUCGGAGUGUGGAUGGCACGCCGAUGCCCAUUGACUGUGAAUUGUCCAGCUGGUCUUCCUGGAGCACGUGUGAUUCCUGUCAGAAGAAAAGGUACAGACACGCCUCCCUGCUCCGGCCCUCUCAGUUCUAUGGGGAGCCAUGUGACUUCUCUGACAAGGAAGCUGAAGACUGUGUUACCAACAGACCAUGCAGAAGCCAAGUGCGAUGUGAAGGCUUUGUGUGCGCACAGACAGGGAGGUGUGUAAACCGCAGACUUCUUUGCAAUGGGGACAAUGACUGUGGAGACCAGUCAGAUGAGGCAAAUUGUAGGAGGGUUUAUAAAAAAUGUCAGCAUGAAAUGGACCAAUACUGGGCAAUUGGCAGUCUGGCCAGUGGGAUAAAUUUGUUCACGAACCGUUUGGAGGGCCCGGUUCUCGACCACAGGUACUACGCCGGGGGAUGCUCCCCCCACUACAUACUGAACACAAGGUUUAGGAAGCCAUACAACGUGGAGAGCUACACCCCACAGACCCAAGGAAAAUACGAAUUUGCACUGACAGAAUAUGAGUCAUACUCAGAUUUUGAACAUAAUAUUACACAGAGAGAAACUAGCAUGUCUAGUUCCAGCUUUGGUUUUAAAAUUCCUGGAAUAUUUGAACUUGGCAUUAAUAGUGCAAGUGGUAAUGCCAAACAUUUUCUAAGCAGGAUCAAGCGAUUUUCUCAUACUAAAAGCUCAUUUCUGCAUGCGCGCUCUGACCUUGAAGUGGCACAUUACAAGCUGAAACCCAGAAGCCUUAUGCUUCAUUAUGAGUUCCUUCAGAGAGUCAAGCAGCUGCCUGUGGAGUACAGCUACGGCGAGUACAGAGAUCUCUUCCACGAUUUCGGGACGCACUACAUCACAGAGGCCGUGCUCGGGGGCAUUUAUGAAUAUACACUCAUCAUGAACAAAGAGGCCAUGGAGAGAGCAGAUUACUCUCUCAAGGAUGUCCGUUCCUGUGCUAUGAAUGGUUUUAAAAUCGGUGCUGCCAUUGAAAAGGUCUAUGUCUCACUGGGUGUGUCGGUGGGCUCAUGCCAGGGUAUCCUGAAGGAAAUAAAAGAAAGAAACAACAGAAACACUAUGGUGGAGGACUUGGUGGUCCUUGUGCGAGGAGGAGCAAGUGAGUACAUUACUGCCCUGGCAUAUAAGGAGCUGCCCACAGCAGACCUGAUGCAGGAGUGGGGGGACGCCGUGCAGUACAACCCAGACAUCAUCAAAAUUAAGGCAGAACCGCUGUAUGAACUGGUGACAGCCACAGACUUCGCCUACUCCAGCACGGUGAGGCAGAACAUGAAGCGGGCUCUGGAGGAAUUCCAGAAGGAAGUCAGCUCCUGCCACUGUGCUCCCUGCCAAGGGAAUGGAGUCCCUGUCCUGAAAGGGUCCCACUGUGACUGCAUCUGUCCUGCUGGAUCCCAAGGCCCAGCCUGUGAGGUCACCAAGCACAAAAAUGAAGAAACAGGGCCAGUGGGUUGUGACUUGCCCAAUGGUCACACAGUUGAUAUCCCCAUUGAUGGGAAGUGGAAUUGCUGGUCAGACUGGUCUCCGUGUUCUGGAGGACAUAAAACAAGACAAAGACAGUGCAACAAUCCACCUCCUCAGAAUGGGGGCAGCCCCUGCUCGGGCCCUGCUUCAGAAACACUUAACUGUUAAG